GAGUCGCCAUGUUAUCUAGGAAACACUCUCACAGUGACGUUGUGUCUUAGCGGGGCCCAGCCCAAGCCGACAGGACGCUUUAACACACCCAAACCAGCCACUCGUUCGCUCUUUUAGUUGAAACGCGUUGCCACCGGCUGGCUGGACGGCUGGCCCAAACCGCCCGUUUACCAUUUUCCUGUUUUGACGCGCGAGCCAAAAGGGCUACCAUGGAUUUUUAAGGCAUAAUGCGGCGACACUAAGGCACCGGCAUGCAUCGUGCAAGGCAAAAUCAACUGCGUAUUUCCAUCUUCACAACUGCUAAGCAGUUGGGCUCCAGUGCCGUCCGCGGUAUACCUGUGAGCCAACCCGUGCCUCUGCUCCUCGACCGGAGGAAGCUAACGUUAGCCAGCUAGUCAUCUGAUUAGCUCGAGAAGCGAUCAAUCGAUUCAUCUGAACGUCAUCAACCCCACCGAUCAAAAUGAAGCCUCAAGACAUCAUCGCCGGGAAGACCAGCGUCUGGAUCUUCGGGUACGGGUCAUUGGUGUGGAAGCCUGACUUCAAAUACAAGAGGAGCAAGGUCGGCUUUAUUCAAGGCUAUAAGAGACGUUUCUGGCACGGAGACAACUUCCAUCGUGGGAAUGAUGAGCUGCCCGGAAGAGUGGUGACGCUCAUAGAAGAUGAUGACGCGAGCACUUGGGGCGUGGCGUUCGAGGUCACAGGCUCCCAGGUGGAGGAGUCCCUGAAGUACCUGGACGUGCGCGAGACGGUUUGCGGCGGCUACAUCACCAAAACCGUGGAGUUCUUCCCUCACGGGGAGAGCCAGGCCUCCUCGGUUCAGGCCCUGGUGUACAUCGCCACCUCUGACAACCCCCUGUACCUGGGGCCGGCCAGCUCGGAGGAGAUCGGCGCCCAGAUCGCCGUGUGCAGAGGGAAGACGGGCCACAACCUGGAGUACCUCCUCCGGCUGGCCGAGUUCAUGAGGAGAUUCUGCCCGCAUGUGGACGACCCCCACCUGUUCUCCAUCGAGGCAGCAGCCCUGGCCGUGGUGCCCUUCCUGUUGGCUGCCCAGUAGCCCGUACCCUUUGUUUCACUACUGUUAACCAGAGCUUAUAGUACAUACAUACACUACACACACAACACUGAGGCUUUCCACCUGUCAUGCUUGUAAUCCAAGUUGAGAUCCUCAUGUCCUAAUGUAUGUUUGUGAAAAUGUGUAGCUCCAGAAUCCCAUUGGGUGUCCUAAAACCAGUACAGUGCGACUGCAGCAUGAUACUAAGUGUGAAAACGGUUUUUACCUGAGCAUGAGUUCCUGUAUUUUUGUUGUAAAAUCUGGGAGAUGUUUGUGCACCUGUCACCAAAGUUGGAUCUCAUUUUAUCUGUAGAUUAUUCUGACUUGGCCAUCAGCCUCCGUGCUGUUUUGAAUAACAAGGCAUUCGUGGUUUUUAUUUGCACAGUUCAGAUUCCGUCCAGGACAAAUGUCAAUUGUGGAAACUGACUGCUUUUAUUUGUUUUGCUUUUUUUUAAAAAAAAGAAAGAAAGUUUGGACCUUUGCUUGAAAAGGUUUGCUUGUGGCACCUUUUUCAUCUACUGUAACAGCAAGUUCCAAUAAAAGGUCAAAAAGA